GAUUUACUAAACGUAUAUAAACCCAACGUUAGUCGUUCUGGCAGUCAACACAGGAGAUCUUCUAGUCUACAUCAUUUGGAAACAUGUUUGCAACUCAGUUCUUUCUUGUUCUCGCGAUCACAUUCGCAAAUGGCAAAAGUCUGUUUCCAGACUUUCGACAGACCAGCAUUGAACUAGACCAAGUCAAAGAUAUGCACAGAGCAUUUUUUCCGAAAAGGAACAGUGUUGCUGGAGAUAAAGGUGAUGGUUCUGUCCCAUGGGUGUGCAGCCCCAAGGAAUGCCAUGUGUGCUGGGGAGCCGAGCCUAAUAAGGUUUGCGUGUUCGCCACGUCUGCUCCUGGUCGAAUUCACCUGAAGCUGCAAUAUAACGAUACUGUCACGAUCGUGGAGGGCGAUAUAACUGAUGUCCAGGAGAUCUGUCGAUCGUACAGUGUUUACAGCGUGUGUCUCAUAGCUACUGAGGUUGACAUAACACGAUACCAGGCCCACUUGUAUCUGUCUUAUGGGACCGCUGAAGUGACGACAAUCCUCAACCUGGGCUCCAUCACUAUCCCACAAGCUGACACUGCAAAAGGUGUUUCAAGGACGUAUUGACGAUGAUCCUGGGACACAACGGCGACGAGCUUUUCCAGUAAAUCAGACUGCAGAUUCCGCGUUCUCAAAGAAUUAACUAUCGAAUCAAACUGAACUGACCAUUAUCUUAUAGUUUAACUGUGUGCAUGUGUCAUAAUUAUGAAGCACCUUUGGAACAUGUCUUCACUUCAUACAAUUAUUAGUUGUUAAUCAUGGACAUGUGGUUUUACAAAGAAAUGUUUUCAACAAGUAAAUAUUCCACAAUAAUUUAUUUUGAAGCAGAAAACAUAGGGUUUUGCAUAGACAUUUUGAUCUGAAAUUUCCACUUAAGUACUUCUUAUGUUCAUGUUUCCCUUAGGAGCUUUGUGAAUACUGACCCAUAUCUGAAUCGGAUUAAUAGGGUAGUUUCAAAAUAACUUAUUGCACACUGAAAAUGAACAUAACGCUUUGCGUUUCUACAUGUAUGAAAAUCAUCAUAUAGGAGAAAAAACACUCACAAAACUGAGUGUAUGAUCAUGCAAAUUGCAACCUACGAAUUAUAUUGAUAAGUUAACUUACAAAUCAACUGCAUCAUCAACUUAAAUACCAGGCUCAGUCUUUUGAACAAGGGUUAAACUGCCAAGACAUAAUGCGAACGAUGAUGACUUGCUUUUCUCUAUUAUGUAUCCUCAGUAAAUAAACUCUUUCUCAGCAGC